AACUGUUAAGCACCUCCCCGUCUCUCUAAAGGACAUUAUAAUGCAAGAAGCCCCCUUUUUAACCACAAACCGAAUUUUCUUUCAUUUAGGUGAUCUAUAUAUAUCUAUAUCGUGUAGCUUAUAGCUUAUAUCUAUUUUAAAUAACUUAAAGCCGCUAAAAUUUGGGGGGGAACAGCUUUCGCCCUGGAGCGGUGCGCGAUGCUGUCUCACGCCGACCUCCUGGACGCCAGGCUAGGUAUGAAAGAUGCCGCCGAGCUUCUGGGACACCGGGAGGCGGUGAAGUGUAGGCUGGGAGUGGGGGGCUCCGACCCCGGGGGCCAUCCAGGGGACCUAGCGCCCAACUCCGAUCCAGUCGAGGGAGCCACUCUGCUGCCCGGGGAGGACAUCACUACCGUGGGCUCUACGCCGGCCUCGCUGGCGGUGAGCGCAAAGGACCCGGACAAGCAGCCGGGGCCUCAAGGUGGCCCGAACCCCAGCCAAGCAGGCCAGCAGCAGGGCCAACAGAAGCAGAAACGCCACCGAACCCGCUUCACACCCGCGCAGCUCAACGAGUUAGAGCGGAGCUUCGCUAAGACUCACUACCCCGACAUCUUCAUGCGCGAGGAGCUGGCGCUGCGUAUCGGGCUGACUGAAUCCCGAGUGCAGGUCUGGUUCCAGAACCGGCGUGCUAAGUGGAAGAAGCGCAAGAAGACAACCAAUGUGUUCCGCGCGCCGGGCACGCUGCUGCCCACGCCAGGCCUGCCUCAGUUCCCGUCGGCCGCCGCCGCCGCCGCCGCCGCCAUGGGCGACAGCCUCUGCUCUUUCCACGCCAACGACACCCGCUGGGCGGCGGCCGCCAUGCCGGGCGUGUCGCAGCUGCCGCUGCCGCCGGCUCUGGGCAGGCAGCAAGCCAUGGCACAGUCACUGUCCCAGUGCAGCCUGGCGGCCGGGCCGCCGCCCAACUCCAUGGGCCUGUCCAACAGCCUGGCGGGCUCCAACGGCGCGGGGCUGCAGUCGCACCUCUACCAGCCCGCCUUCCCCGGCAUGGUGCCCGCCUCCCUCCCCGGUCCCAGCAACGUCUCCGGCUCGCCCCAGCUCUGCAGCUCCCCGGACAGCAGCGACGUGUGGCGGGGCACGAGCAUCGCCUCCCUCCGCCGCAAGGCGCUAGAGCACACAGUCUCCAUGAGCUUCACUUAAUGCAGCCGCGCCUGGCCCGCUCCGCCCCCGGCGCCGCCCCCAGGUCCGCCCCGAGGCCCACGCGGCGCGUGUCCGGGCCCCCGCUCCCUGCCCGGGACCCGGCCCCAGCCCGAGCGCCCCGCCCCGUCCCGCCCGCCCCGGCGCCCGCCCCAGCGCUCAGCCUCGUUUCCGCCCGUCCUCCGCUACGUCUUGUUAGGUCCUUUCCUCUCUCCACCACUCUCUCGGGCUCACCCCAAGCCCCAGCCCGCGAGGCCUCCCCUCUGCCUGAUUUCGCUCUCCCCUACCCUCCCCAAACCGACUCUCCCAGUCUCACCCAGCCCCUCCCACCGCCCCAACUCCAGCGUCUAACCCCACCCUUUCCCGCCACCCCUGGCCUCCUCGCUCGCACUCCUUGUGCUCGCGCCCUCCUCACGGCCUUCUGACUGGCGGCCUUCCCAUCCACACUUUCAACAAGACGCCUAUGACCCCCUCGCCCACCGCCUCCCCUCCGGUCCUUUCUUCCCCCACCAUCCCGCCCCCGCACCUCACGCCCCUCCUCCCGCGCCCUGCAAAAAGCAUCCUUCCCGCCAUUUUACUUACCAGGGAGUAGACUCAGGAUCUGAAAUCAGACACCAAUGGACUGGUUUGUGGGCAGAAACACACACACUCGCACUCUCAGACACUACAGACACACGAGCACACACACACAUACACAGUGCACCUAGGUCACACACGGACGUGUUCAAGGGACAGCACAAUGUUAGGGAUUUUUGUCUUAAAGGAGGACAAGCAUCUGCUAUCAAUCACCUCAUCUGAGGGCCCAAAUGAUUACAGUUUGAUUUAUCCUUGUAUUCUUGCUCCGAAAUCCUUUCUUUUCCUUUCCCACCAUCUGUUCCUUGUCCUGUCUACCCAGUCACAUCCAUGCAGCCCUCUAUUAGCUUGCAAAAGAACUCUUUUAUUUGAUCUUACUUUUGUUUUCUUAAGCACAGCUGUGUGAGGGUAUUGAAGGGAAGGCUUCUCAGGAGGAACAUACCAGUGGACUGGGUGGCUGGAGUAGACUAAAGCAGUCAUGUGAUGAAGAGGCGAUCUUACCCAUUUUGUUAAGUAUUCAUAAGGAAGAAUAAAAUAAACAUAUAAGAAAAAUUUCCUUUGGUAAAAGCAAAAGCCACAUCUCUUUUCUGGAUCCUUCAGGACUGGGGUUUGUUUGCUUCCUUUUUCCGUUUCUCUCUCCUCGCUGCUCUGUGCCCUUGGUUGUUUUGUGAUCGUCCUGUCGUCCCUCGUGCCCCUCGGCCACCGCCCUGGCCCCUGCCGGCCGCCGAUGGUUGCACUCGGACAUCUACAACCCUGCAACUUUGUACAGAGAAACACAAUCAGCUCUUUCUGCAUGUGCUGGUCAAAUCCAAACCCAGAGAACAGAAGCGCUUUCGAAGAAUGAACAAACAUGUGAAAUAGGAUGUUUUGUGUAGAUAAAGCAUUCUUGUUAUAUACUGGUCAAUUUGUGAUCUGUUUUAACUUAUUGUCUGUGCUUAUUUAUGGAAUUUGGCUUUCUUAAUAAAUGUUUGAGCUAA